AUGCCCGUCUCCUCACUCUACCCGUCGGUGGAAAUACCCAACGUCGAUAUUUGGACGUUUCUCUUCGAGCGCAAAGACCGAGAGUAUCCAGAUGAUAAAGUAAUCUACGAGGAUGCCGAUACCAAACGAACCUACACUUACCAGGGCGUCCGAGAUACCGCACUGGCCUUCGGACAAGGUCUCAAGGCCAUGUUCGAUUGGCGCAAGGGAGAUGUCCUAGCUCUAUUCACCCCUAAUAGCAUCGACACCCCGGCAGUGACAUGGGGAACGCACUGGGCGGGCGGAGUUGUUUCUCCGUCUAACCCAGCUUACACAGCAGAAGAAUUGGCCUUCCAGCUGAAGAACUCGGGCGCGAAAGGGUUGGUGACACAAUACCAUCUGCUUUCGGUUGCAACAAUCGCGGCCCAGGAAGCGGGGAUCCCCCACGACCGGAUCAUCCUGAUCGGCGACGAGCGCGACCCGCAAGCAAAGUUCAAACACUUCACCUCCAUUCGCAACCUGUCCGGCGCGACUCGAUACCGGAAAACAAAGAUUGACCCCUCCUGCGAUCUUGCCUUUCUGGUCUACUCCUCCGGUACCACAGGUGUUCCCAAGGGCGUGAUGCUCUCGCAUCGCAACAUUGUCGCCAACGUUCUGCAGCUUUCAUCUGGCGAGGCCGGCAAUCUGACAUGGAAUGGGGUCGACGGCCGGGGUGACCGUGUCCUUGCCUUUUUGCCGUUCUUCCACAUCUACGGUCUUACGUGCCUCGUCCACCAAACCCUCUACAAAGGCCUCCACCUCGUGGUCAUGCAGAAAUUCGACCUCGAGAAAUGGUGCGCCCACGUCCAGAACUACCGCAUCACAUUCAGCUACGUGGUGCCCCCGGUCGUCCUCCUGCUCGGCAAACACCCGAUCGUGGACAAAUACGACCUCUCCAGCCUGCGGAUGAUGAACUCGGGCGCCGCCCCAUUGACACAGGAACUGGUGGAAGCCGUCUACGCGCGCAUCAAGUGCGGGAUCAAACAGGGCUACGGCCUGAGCGAGACGAGCCCUACGACCCACACGCAGCCCUGGGAAGAGUGGCGCACCAGCAUCGGCGCCGUGGGGAAGCUCCUCCCGAACCUCGAGGCCAAGUACAUGACGAUGCCGGAGGACGGCUCGGAGCCGCAGGAGGUGCCCGCCGGCGCGGUCGGGGAGCUGUACAUGCGCGGGCCCAACGUCUUCCUGGGCUACCACGACAACCCGGCCGCCACGGCAGACUGUCUCUCGGUUGAUGGGUGGUUCCGCACCGGCGACGUCGGGUACCAGGAUCAGCAGGGGAACUUCUACAUCACCGACCGCGUCAAGGAGCUGAUCAAGUACAAGGGGUUCCAGGUGGCGCCCGCGGAGUUGGAGGGGAUCCUCGUGGAUAACGAGGCGGUCGACGAUGUCGCCGUCAUCGGGAUCGAGAGCGAAGCCCAUGGCAGCGAGGUGCCCCUCGCGUAUGUGGUCCGGAGCGCGAAGAGCCUUGCCUCUAAGGUGUCGGCGGACGAGGAGGCUGCGAAUAUCAUCCAGUGGUUGGAUGGCAAAGUCGCCUAUCACAAGCGUUUGCGCGGCGGCGUGCGCUUCGUGGAGGAGAUUCCGAAGAGUGCAAGCGGGAAAAUCCUGCGGCGGUUGUUGAAGAAGCAAGCGAAAGAAGAGGGGAUUGGUGCCGGCGCGCCGGCACCCAAAGCGAAGUUGUGA